AUGACACAAAAAAUAAUCGAUUUCUAUUUUGAUGUAAUUUCACCUUAUAGUUGGAUCGGGUUUGAGGUAGAUUUUUUAUUAAAGGUUUUUUGAAAAUAUAAAUGAAAAUUGUAGGCUUUGGAACAAUUGAAAGGAAAUCAAUGGAAAGAUGUUGAGAUUCGAUAUCAUCCAUUUUUCCUGAGAAAUGUGAUGAUGAAAAGUGGUAGGUGAAAAAAUAUCGGGGAGAAAAAUAUUCACUGUUUCGAAAAAUCAUGAAAAAGUUUGGGAACUUUGAAUUUGAUAAAAUCGAAUUGAUUUCAAAAUUUUCCAGGAAAUCGUCCUCCAGCAAUGUUGCCAAAUCGUGGUCGAAUGUUAGCCCAAGACAUCCGCAGAACCGCCAAUUAUUGGGGAAUACAAAUCAAAAAUCCACCGGUAUCUGAAUCCUCUUCUUUUUUCCCCAAUACUCGAAAAAUUCAAUUUUCACAGAAAUUCAUCGAAUGGAUUUUGCAAUACACAACAGAAGAAGCGCAAAAACUUCUAAUAGUUAUCCAAAAUCAAUUUGGUUCACAAAAAAUGAUGGAAACUGCUCGAGUUUUUUGGCGAAGACUUUGGUUUGAUUGUGAGAAAAUAUUUGAAGUUGAGGAUUUUGAGAUGGUUUUGAAGGAAGUUGGAAUUGUUCCAAGUGAUGUUUUGGGUAAAAUUGGGGAUUUGGAAGUGGCGAAGAAUUUGGAGAAAAAUAAUCAAGCAGUCAAUGAGGCAUAUGUGAGUUUUUUUUCCAAAAAAAAAGAAUGAGGUUACUGUAGAUUCAGAGAGCUUGAGAAUAUUCUGAAAAUUUUGAAAUUCUCUACAAACUGAGUUACAGUAUCUAUUUUCAACAUUGAUCUCCAGCCAAAACCUCACUAGAACUCAAAAGCCUUCAAAUUCUGAAUUUUUCCAGGGUUACGGUGCUCCUUGGAUUCUUGUCCAUACUUCCGAUUCAAAAACCCACACAUUUUUCGGCUCCGAUCGUUUUCAUAUCAUUGCCGAACUUCUCGAUUUGCCACAACCUUUGCCUCAAAAAUUUUUGAAUUCUAAAUUGUGA